AUGCACAAGAGAUUCAAUAGUAAUUCAUUAUCUGAUCUUCCAGAUACGAAUCUAAUUGCGACUAUUGACCCUGUGAAGUAUAAAAUUACGCUACCGGUGUAUUGUCUCUCAUUAUUCAAAAGUCCUACAUGGAAACCUAAUGCCCCUGGUAUAUUAUAUGUUACUGAUUUUACAACGAAUGAAGAGACAGCAUUCAAUAGAAAUGUUCUACCUCAAAAUGUUAGUAUAAACUUUCAGAUAGAAAAGCCCAUUGAAUCUAAUAAGAUUUUGUCUAUUGGUGUUCCAUCUCAUCUAAUGGACAAAAUAUCCAAUGAAUUGUCAAGAACAAACACUAAUAUGAAAGAUUAUAACUUCAAUAACCCAGGUAAUUGUCAAUUUGAGUCUGAAGGAAUAUUUGCGAGAGUUGUCUUUAUAUUGAAGUUGUAUAGAGGCGGUAUAGAAGGAAGUCUCGUUACAUUGAUUACACUUGAUAAGGAUAAUAUUCCAGUUUUCUACUCAGAAGACAAAAAACUUGAAACUUUAGCGUCUAGGUAUUUGGAAUAUUCUAACCCAGAAUUAGUUAAUAGUAUUAUGCCGUAUUUUCCUAUAAACAGCUUGACUAACGGGCAUGAGUAUAAACGAGCAUUUGAUUAUGUUAAUACGAAAUCAACGCAAUCGUCUAAUGAACCCCCUUCAAAAUUGCAGAAAGUUCCGAAUGGAGUAAGCCUUGCCUUUCACCAGCACAAAAGUUUUGAUGAUACCCAGAAGCCAAUUACAACAAGUACACAGCCAUAUAGUAGUGAUGAUGUGCCGUCAUCCCUAUACAGUAAUACGCAGACAUCUCAAAACUUGGACUUCAAGGCCAAUGCCUUCGAUGACUUUUUAGUAAAUAGAGUGACAGUGGACCAAUUACUCAAAGUUCCUCUUAGCUUUGCUGAUAUAAAAAAGGGAACCACGUUUGAAGUCGAUGCUUACAUCAAAGGGAUAUUACCAUUUGAUCGAUUUAUCAUUAAGCCGUUCAAAAGAACUCUAAAAGUCGCUCCGUUCAAAUUGGUUCUAUCUGAUAAUUUGCCUAAUUCGGCAUUAUCUGCAAAUAAUACCCUAAUACUCGAAUUCAAUACUGAAGAAGAAAUCUGCCGUUUUCUCCUUAUGAACGAAGUAGAAGAAAUGUAUGACAACAUAAAAAAUAUUGAACUUUCAAUGGACAAGCUAUUGUCUACUACAUCUAAUAUAAAGGGCUUGCGAAUCAAAAGAUCGCUUAUCACAGUCGACAAAGGAUUUUUGCGGCCAUACUGGACCUGUUUAAAUAAUUUAAAUGACUUAAUCUACCAAGGCUAA